ACGCGGCGUAGGUGUCAUUUUAUUUCCCCCCAUUUGCCUUCGAAAUUAGGUGGCAAAAGAAUUGCUCGCAGUGCGAACCGGUCAGCUCCUUCCUCCCGGAAAAUUCUUCUCCGUACACGCACGCAAAGAACUCGAUCCCGUUGUCGAGCCUACGCUCGUCCGUUGGUGUAUCCAGGUCCGGCCGAACUCCGAAGAACGUCUUUUGGAUAUCUGCGAUUCGAUUCUCGAGUCGGUGGUUUUGUGAUUCUCCCGAUGUUGAUUCGAUCGGAGAAGGAUUACAGGCUCUCGCCUCUGAUUCUGACCUAUUCGAUUCUCCUCCUCAGCUGCUUUCCCGGUUUGACGCUCUCGGCCGACGUCACGCUGGAUUCCAUGGAAAUCUACAAUACUCACGAGUGGCUAAAGAGUUCGAACCCGACGGUGUAUUUCCGCUGCAAAGGGGAGGACGAAAUUGAAUUGCCUGACGUCAAAGAAGUCAAUGUCACGUACAGGUUCAAUGGCGAUGAAUCUUGGCAGGUAAGGCAUGUUGAAUCAGCUCCUUUUUAGGGAAUUGGUUCUAGGAGGAAAGAACUCAUGGCUUCAGUACAGAUAUGGCAAAGUAAUUGAAAAUGAUCCUUGCUUGUAGAAUUUAAGGCAACGCAUUAAGUAAUUUAUGAUGCUUUCCCUUGUUCUUGCAUUUAAGCCAUUGACAGAGCUUACGUCCAAGAAAUGCAAGCGUUGUGGGUUCUAUGUAAAACACAUCAUUAAAUCCGACGAUGUGUUUGAAGAAUGGGAGUUGUGUCCUUCGGACUUUUUCGAUUCGGAUGGCAAGUAUCGGCGUGUCAAGGAGCAAGAGUUUGAUGCGGCCUUUUUGUGCAAACAGUGCGUGCCUCUGGCAACUGAUUCAAAUGGAGACUCUAGUAGCUCAUCUCACAAGGGGAAAGGAAUGCGUGUUGCUGUGAUUAUACUGAUCUGCGCUCUAGUUUCCACCGUUUUGAUUCUGGGGUCAGUUGUAGCAUACAAGCACUGGCUGAAGAAGAAGAGGCAACAAGAACAAGCUCGGUUUCUAAAACUUUUCGAAGAUGGUGAUGAUAUUGAGGACGAUUUGGAUCUGGAUACAAUGUAGAUGAAUACUCAGUAGCCUUCUUACUUUGAUGUACAGAUGAUGUUGCAUUUUACACGAAUUGGAAGCUAACAGAGCAUGGAUAAUGUAAGCACCAAUUUUCACUUCUUCAGUGACUGGUUGAAGUUAUCCAAUUCUUUUGAAUCGAAACCAUAGAUCGCCUUGAUCGUGUCUCUACAAGAGCUGCAAGCCUCUUUAUUGAAUUUCUUCUUGUCGAUGCCAUACAAGGACUCGAACACAUCAACCUCGACUCGGCAAAAGUAUGGCCGAUCUGCGUAAAUUGAGCACUUGCGGGUGCUUUUCUCGUAGUGUAUGCACCAUCCAUCCGGGCCUAUUAAGCUUCUAUACAGCUGAAAGCGAACCAGUUGGGUCGGUCAUUUCGUCGAACAGUAGGCGGGCAACAAAAAUAAAGGUUGGAAAGCAAACCUCGACAUCGGAAGGAUUGGAGAAGAUUUCUUCGGGAGUGGCAAAAGAGGGGCCCUUGGCCAGCUUGCAGCACGCACCGCAACCCUCUACGCAUUUCCAUGAAAGCUCCUUCCUCUCGCCGCCGAAACCUUUCUUGGUGCUUCCUCCCGAUGUUUUCAGCUGUUGCUGCUGCCUUCUUGUUGCACUGUUCUCUCCUCCAUUUUGUCGCUGGCGGGCGGCUAUAACGACGCUGCUAAAACAUGGGAAAGCUGCGACGUGAGCCAUGGCCGUUCAGAAGACAGUAGCGUUGCUCGUCGUUGUCACUUGUACCCUUUGCAACCGGCUGGAUUUAGUUUCCUUUA